CUGCCGACUGCUGAUUGGCUGGAACCCAAUUCUCUGGCUGCUGAUUGGCUGGAACCCGAUUCUCUGGCUGCUGAUUAGCUGGAACCCGAUUCUCUGGCUGCUGAUUGGCUCUCCGGCUGCAGGAGGCGGAACCGGAUUGUCCUGUUGGACCAGAACGUCUCCGGAACUCAUCGGGGUCAGAGAACUCGUGGGAGCAUCAGGAAAUGUUCAGCGCCGGUCAGUGAGUCUCUUCAGCCUGUUUUACCUGCACAGGUGUGUUUCCAGGUGUCCACAGGAUUCUUUACUCUGUUCAGGAAAACCCAAAAUGAUUAUCCGACGGAGCAUCAACAGACGGGUUUUGCAGAGUGUCGUGGUGUUGGUGCCGAUGGUUAUUUUCUUUGCACUCAUUCUGCAGUUCUACAACAACCCGUUCAAAACUGCUUGGAAUUUCGCUUUACUGGAAAGCUUCAGUCGGACCUCUGAGGUGGCCGUCAACGUUCCAGACGGGCCCUGUACGAUAAAAAGAGAAUGUCCUGAUGACCACUACAGCUUCUUCAUCCAGAGCGGAGCCGCCAACGUGUUUGGUCCAAAGAUCUGCAUCCAGAAUGAGCUGGUUCUUGGAACAGUAUUGAACAAUGCUGCAGCUGGAAUAAACCUUGUUACAGUGAAUGGUAGAACCGGAGCCGUCAUAAAGACCGGGACCUUCAACAUGUUUUCUGGAGAGGUGGAGCCACUCAUUGACUUCCUGAAGGAGAUCGACAAAGGUUCUGUGGUUCUGGUCGCAUCCUACGACGACCCGUCUUCAAAGUUAAAUGACGAAGCCAGGAAACUGUUUGUUGAAAUGGGAAGUUCUUCGAUCCAGACGCUGGGAUUCAGAGAUAACUGGGUGUUUGUUGGCGGGAAAGGAGAGUCUAUGAAGAGCAAGUACGAGAAGUACAUAAAGAACGACGCCAGCACCAAUAAGUACGAAAACUGGCCGGAGCUGAUCAACAUGGACGGAUGCAUCCCCAAACGCCUGGACUGAGCUGGAAGAAGAAGAAACUGGACACAUUCACAGGACUGAGCUCACAUUUGUACCUUCAGGAAUCAGAAAGGACCUUUUGUUCUCCAGCCUGCUGAGUAAACGGGUUUGUGUUUACUGGGCUGCAGCUUCGUUAUUUAAACCCAGCGCAUGUUUUCACUGCUUCUCCAUCGUGUGGUGGAAGCUGGGAUCUGUUACAGUCGGCUGCUGUGGCCAAAAGGUGGAAAACGCCUUUUAUUUAACCUCCACAAUCUCCACAUUUCAUCUCCACCUCGUCAUUUACGACCAGCAGCUUCUCUUUCAUCUUUAAGGACUCAGACUCCUCCUGGUUUCUCAACAGGAGUCCAAAGAACAAAAAGCUUCCAAACUUUUAGUGUAUUUCAGUAAAAAAACAGGGUAAAUGUUUACAGGUUGAAACCAUCUUCAGUGCCUUGGUAGGUUUUGUGGAGGAAACAGAAACGUCACAUUUUUAUUCCUUUUUUUCAGGGUUUUUUUUUCUGUUCUCUCCUUUUUUUUUUUUUUUGUUGUUUUGUUAAGUUACAUCUGGUGUAAAAUGUUUAAACUAGAGAAUAAAACCACACUGACUCGAA